AGAGAGGCUGAGAGUCAGGGAGAGAGAGGCAGCAGAAUUGAUCCAGUUAGAACGAAAAGAAACGGGUAUUUUAGUUUAGAGAAAUGGACAACUAGAAACAGAGAUGUGUCUGUAGAUGUGUGACAGGUUUAGGCCUUUGAAAAAUGGAAUUUCGUUGUGAGAAAAAGAAAACAUUCAAGGGUGUUGGAUUACUUUGAGCUUCAUAAUAACGUUCAGGUGGCGAAGGAUAAUCGUAACACACUACAGAAGGAUCAAACGUAUCUGUGGAUGGAGGGGUCUGGCAGUCCUCGCUUCAGAAAGCUUCAUUUCCCCGUGGGUCUGUGGAUCAACUCGCCCAGGAAACACUUUGCCAAGCUAGGUGGUCGCUGGCCCAGUGCUAUCUCUGUCAAGUCGACCACCAGCUCUGACGCAGCCUCCCUCCACGAGGCCCCCUUUGCUCCUUCCUCUUCCCUUUCUAACUCCACCCCCUCGCUGGCUUCCCCUACCCCAUCUCCGUCUCCCUCCCCGGCCUUUCUCAGGCCACGGCCCGCUGGGCCCCAGUCUCGCACAAAGCGCCUUUCCCAUCUCUUUCUGCGGGGGCGCUCCAACAGUGACCGGGACCGGGCUGUGGGGGAGAGGGAGAGAGAAGUUUGGGCACAUUCAGCUGCCCCCUCCUCCCACCACUACUUGCCCCCUGCCUCCUCCUCUGCCCCAGGUCUGAUCAAGAUCUAUGGGGAUGCCCUGUCCAGUGGAGCCAACUAUCGCUCCCUGCUGGCCAACAUCCACUCUACAGCCAGGCAGCUCAUCGCCCAGGUCAUCACUCGCUACACUGAGAGAGAGAGGGAGGAAACAGAUGAUGCAGUCCUCCAGAAACACAGCCCCGAGGACUUCCUAUUGUGUGAUGUCAUUGGAAAGCCCAUCCAGCAGCCAGAUGGAGCUAUCAAAUGGGAGACAGAAUGCCGGAGAAGUGUUGCCCCAUGGGAAUGUCCCCUGUUGUUAGUGGACAUGUGGCGGCCUAAGGACGGUUUUGAGCGGCGCUUUGAAAUCCAAAGGAAGGAAGACUAUGAGAGAGAAGAGCAAGAGAGAGAGAAGGAGCGUGAGAGGGAGGGAGAGAGCUACCAAGGUGUGCGCUGGCGGCGGAGUAGGAUGUCAUCAGGGGGCGGACCAGAGGAGAGUGAGCGUGGUCACCGUGGGAGGAACACGGAGCUCAGGAGGAGCAUCAGUGACAUGAACCUGAGUCUGCGCCGCCGCCAAGGCAACCAUGUCAACAGUGACCUACGUGGCUCUGGCAACCAGCCCAAUAACAAUGGGGGAUUGCCGGACAGGAAAAACAUUGUGAGCAUGAUUGGCCCACAGCCAGGAGAGAUUAGGGCAUCAAAAGUUCAAGCAAAGGUUGGUUGGACGAACCAGCCAGCGGAGGAUGAGAAAGAUUACUCCAGUUGCGAUCUGGAAGUGAUGUCACAAAGUUUGAUCCUUCCACCCACAGACAGGCCCUACUUCCUGUUGCUACAGGGUUAUGAUCAGAGCAAGGAUUUUGUUUUGUACAUCAUGGCGGGACUUACGCAUGUGUUUGGAAGAAAGCCCACAAUGAGAGAGAGAGAGAAGGAUAGAGAGAGGGAGAGGAAGGGGAAGAGGCCUUUGAAGGUGGACACAUUCCUCUCUGCCCCUGACCUUUUGGCUAGACAUUUACUUGUGAGGAGAGACUCAGCUGUUCCUGAGACGCCCACCGGACAAGCUUUGAUGCGACCCUUCAGGGGAGGUGCAGUUACACUCAACGGAAUGGCCCUUUAUAGGGAGGCCGUCCUAAAGCCCGGGGAUGUGAUUGGUCUUGGGCACCACUUCCUUUUCCUAUACCGUGACCCCCGUGUCACCCCAGCUCCACCGCUGGCUCUGACCCUGCCAUGGCAGGCUGAUGCCUCCACCACCUGCUGCCCCUCAGGGCUGGUGGACAGGCAGGAAGCGCUCAGGCAAUACCUGGGAUCAACUGAGGCAGUUUUGAAAUUCCAUCCUCGUCAUGCAGACCCCUUGUUACAGGAGAUAAUCUCCAAAAAUUCGUCUCCAGACUCUGGUGGUGGGCCUUUGGCUCCUGCCUAUCUCCUGUCAAUUAUGAUAGAUCAUGCCUCUAAACACCUGGACCCUGCUCUCACACCACAGAUAUUACUCAAGUCUGCCAAUCUAAUCAAAGAAAUUGUCUGGGAUAACAUUAAGGAAUUUGGGGAUAAGCAUCCCACGCAAAAUUCGACAGAGCAAGAGGGUGAGAUAAGCACACCCAAUGUUCAGAAACUGUCAUCUGACCUUCGACCCCUGAUGUUCUGGAUGUCAAAUGCCACAGAGCUCCUUAACUUCUUCCAGGUCAGAGUUGAAACCAUGGAGAAAGAGUGGGAAUUUGAAGCGCCCGGGGACCCAGUUUUGACAGCUGACAUGGACACCUGCUCAGAAGCUUUGGCACAGCUGGAUGACGUCAUCAUGCACACUUUCCAACAGUGUGUGUAUCACCUCACCAAGACCCUGUAUUCACUACUUCCUGCUCUCCUGGACACCAACCCAUUCUCCAGAGAGGAGAAAGAUAAAGAGAAGGGUGGACCUGGAGGUGCAGAGGGAGAAGAGAAGAGGGGAGAGGAAGGGGAGAUGGAUGACGUGUCUGCCUUACCGCCUAAGGUUGCGGGGCUGGUGGAAGUGUAUCGCUGUUCCCUCAUGCUGUCGCGGGAAGCAUGUCUGUCGCCGCCUCUCACGUCCCAGACCUUUGGCUACCUCUUCUUCUUCACCAACACCUCCCUGCUCAAUACCUUGCUGGAGAGAGAUGGAUUGUUCUCCUGGUCCAGAGCGGUCCAGAUUAGAACAAACUUGGACCUGGUCCUGGAUUGGUUACAGGGGGCGGGAUUGGGAGACAUUGCCUCUGAGUUCAUGAAGAAACUGUCAAUCACAGUCAACUUCCUGUGUAUUCCCAAGACUCGCCUGAUCCAGUCAUCCUGGACCAGUCUCCUGGAGGACCAUGUCUUGUUAAGCUCCGCCCAGCUGCACCACCUGCUCACUCACUACAAGCUCGGACCAACCAGAGCGCCCCCAGCAUUGUGGGCCCCUCCGCCAGGCACAGAGCUGAGUGGAGAUAUCUUUGAGAGCUUCCUGGACCAUCCGCCUCUAAUCCUGCCAAACGAGACUCCACGCCUUGACCUCUCCCAGCCAAUCCCAAGCCCUGAACUCCAAAAGGAAGUGACACGUCUCCGCACCUUCUUGUGGGGACUCGACCAGGAUGAGCUCCCUGCCAAUCAGAGGACUCGGCUUUGAGGAAGCCCAUAUUUGUCUCCUUAUGGAUGUCUCAUAGAGGAAAGAACGAUGUGACAAGGAAAGGCCAACUGUAAAACCACAUAACAUUCAAUAACUGGAAAAGGUUUCUUCGUUUUGGUGCUUUGAGUGUUUUUUCAUGACAUUUGCAUAUGAGUUCAUUUAUUCACUUAGAUAUUUUCAACUUAGACACAUGUACUGAAUUUGAUGUUAGUUAAUUUUAAAGCAGGGAGUGAAAUCCCUUUAUCUGUAGGGAUACGUAGUGUUAUUCUUUACAUGACUGUUUGACUUGGCUUCAAUGUAUGUUUUUAAAGUACUUGUUUUUAAUAAAAUACAGAAUUCUACUCUAAAGGAA